AUGUUUAUCCACUUCGUCUCUGUCUUCACUUUCUUCUCGCCACCUUCGCAGCUCAAGAGGCUGGAAGGCGUUUGGGUAGAUCGUUCGGUGAACCAGGCAAGAUGGAAAGAGUACCUGUCAAAUGCAUAUGAUGAAUUCACUGGCUUUGCGCUCUAUUCGACCGUGAUGUUGGCUGUGGAUGUUUCUUUUCUGGCUGUCCCUGGAGUCGAAGGCGAUGGUCCAGGCAAUGAAAACGCAUCCACGGUGCUAACAUACGUAUCAAUCAUCGCUGUCGUUGGCUCGAUGACUCUUUCCCUCCUCCUGUCCGCAGAUGCACGGCGCAGGAAGGUCCAGUCGGCUGAUAAAGCAGUGGCGCUCUUGUCGGCUGUCAGCGACUCACUAUUCGGAAUUGAGACGCUCGCUGUUAUGUACAGCCUGCCGUUCGCGCUGCUCAUGUGGGGGUGCGUCAUUCCUCAUCCCCAGCCCUAUAGCUAA